AUGGCUGAUGGACAACGAGAAGAAAAUUUAUUCGAGAAGGAUGAAGAAUUAAUGCAUUCAAAACCAACGAGCACUUCUACUACUCCAAAAUCCACGCCUAAAACUACUCCAAAGUUGAACUUAAAAUUUGCAAAGCAAGCGCAAGAAGGAAAAGUGUUUGAUUUUGGAAAAUCGAAAUUUACUUCAAAACAUGAAGUUGUGCGUAAAGGUAAAGAUGUUGAUGUCAAACUGGAAUCUCUUAAAUUAGCUAAAGAAGAUCAGCUUCGAUUCGUCAUUUUGCCCCCGAAUAAGGCGAAUUUAGAACAACUUGAAAUUGAACCAAAAAUAAAAAAAUCGCGUCACAACUAUGAAAUAUCUUUCCGACCAACGGAAGUUGGAACCCAUAAGGUGAUGGUUUAUGUCAAUGAUGUACUACAUCCGCAAUGUCCUUUUCCCAUUCGAGUUUAUGAUGCCUCUGAAAUAAUUGUUGGCGAAAUUGCGCCGCAGAGUACCAUUAACGACACGGUUGAAUUUACAGUUGACGCCGGUCGAGCUGGAUUCGGUAAUCUUGAAAUGGCCAUUAAGGAUAGUGAUGGUGUUAUCAUACCAUCGCAUGUUGCUCAACUUGAAUCUGGAACAGCUAAAUUUCUCGUCACAUUUAAUCCUACGUCAGUGGGUAUGCAUACGGUGAAUAUAACGUUCAAUAAGGAAGUGCUUAAAAAUAGUCCAUUUGAAGUUAAUAUCGUCGAAGCAAAGCCAAUUGUUACUGAUUCUGGAAUUAUCGAUGAUAAGAAAAAAGAAAAAAAACAAAAAGAAGAACGAAAACGCGAAGAAAAAGAAAAACAGAAGAAGGAAAGAGAGGAGAAACAAUUGGCUGAAACUCUGAAAAAGAAUAGGGAGAAGGAAUUGAAAAAGAAGAAGCAUAUUUUGGAUCGGAAACCAAGCUUGUCGAAAAUUCCCUCAUUAAGCCGAGUAAAUAAAUCGGCUCAAAUUGUUGUUUCUGUUUACGACGACAGUCCACUGGAAGUAUCCGUGAAAGAUCCAUCAAAGAAUCUCAUCGAUUAUUCGAUUUCGGACCAUGAAAGUGGUGGAAAAAAAGUUGAAUUCAUUCCAGUUAAAGUUGAUAUUAAAGGUGAUCAUGAAGUAGAUAUCAAGUGUGGUGGUAUAGAUGUACAAGGAAGUCCAUUUACUUGUCGAGCAUAUGAUCCUGCGAAAAUUGGUGUAGGCAAUAUUCCAAAUGGCAUCGUCGAGCAAGCAGUGCAUUUUAUUGUUGAUGCGAGCGAAGCUGGAGUUGGUAAUUUGGAAGUAGCUGUAAAUGAGGGUCGCGUUCCGUCUAUGGCACAGUCACUUGGCCAACAUCGCUACGACAUUUCAUUUAUACCUAGAGAAAAAGUCGAUCAUACGAUUUCUGUUCGAUUUAAUAAUGAACCAGUUCCAGGAAGCCCAUUUAUAUGUCACUUAGUUUCGACCCAUUCUAUUUCGGCCUCCGGCCCAGGAUUAGAACGAGUUCCAGUAGGCCAGACAUCAGAGUUCUUCGUUCUUAUCGAAGGAGAUCAGUCCGAUAUUCCAUCAGUAAGAAUAACUGAUUCGCAAGGAAACAACAUUCCUGUUCGCGUCGAUAAAGAUAAUGCAGCUGAUAGUAGGUUCAUCAUCAACUAUACUCCUCAAAUCGUUGGCAAUCAUCAGAUUGAGAUCGAACAUGCCGGUAAACCAGUUCAUGGUUCACCAUUCACAUCGAAAGCAUUUGAUGCAAAAUGUGCGAGGUUAUCUCGAGUCGAUGCUGCUUAUGUUGGGCGACCAUGCACUUUUACUAUAGAUGCUGCGAGAGCUGGGGCUGGCAACAUGGAAAUUAUUGUCAGCGUUGAUAAUCGUAAUGUCCCAAACUUUGUUCAGGCUGAAGGACAGGCAAAGUUUAAAGUUUCAUUCACACCACAAGAAGCCAAAGACCAUGUAAUAAGUGUUCGAUUUAAUGGCGAACCAAUUCCUGGUUCACCAAUGGUAUGUCCAGUCUCCGAAGUAUCACAAAGUGUUGCUGCUGUAGUACCUUUAUCGUCAGGUCCAGAUAUUGCUCAACAAGCUCGACUUGUUGGAGAUAUUUCAUCUGCUCAGGUCGGAAAUGUCAAAGGAUUCACUGUCGAUACCGGAGGGCGCGAUGCCGAUUGCAAUGUUAUCGUUAUUGAUCCGAUAGGUAAUGAAGUUUGCGUGCAAAUGGAAAGAGUAUCGACAGGUUACCUUGCGCAAGAAAAUAAAAAUGAUGAAAUAUAUUCAGGAACUUAUGGUGUAAGGAUUGAGAUCGAUGGGAAAGAAAUGAACAGUAGCCCCUUUGUAAUUGAAGUCACCGGUCAACCGAAGAUAUCUCGAAUACCAUCUGUAGUAUUUAUUGGCAAAGAGAUGGCAUUUAAUGCUGAGACUGAUCUUGCAAAUCGACGAAAUAUUAACAUUGAAAUUCGUGGCGAGGAUGGGCGUACAAUUCCUGUUCGAACCAGUGUUGAUAAUACUGGAAUAAAGGCCAGUUGCAAAUUCCGUAACGUUGGUCGAUAUUCUGUAAAUAUUACUCUGAACGGAAAAUUAAUCGAAUCAAAGACAAUAGAAGUCGUAGAGCCGGGUGUUGGUGUGUCUUUGGUCAAUGAUAUCGACCAAGGUUUUGUUGGACAAGCUUACAAAGUAUUAUUGCGUAUCGACAACAAUAGUCUUAAAAAACUUGUAGCUGUUGCAGUUACUGGUAACUGGGAAACUAGAAUUGCUAUUAAUCGUCCCAUUACAGAUUUCAAAUGGCUAAUUUUUAACUGGAAUUACUGGAGUAGUAUGAAUUUAAACACUUCGGUAAAUGUUCUUUUUUUUACAGACCAAGAACGAAAUCCAGUUUCUGUUUCGCUGAAAAAGAUAUCAGAUGAUAUAUUCGAAGCAGAAUUUACUCCACUUUUUGAAGGUACACAUAAAAUAGCGGUUACUAUUGAUGAGCGACAUAUUAGAGGGAGUCCUUUUACUGUUACCAUUCUUGACCUCAGUGCUGUACGAAUAAUCGGAUUGAAAAAUGAUGCAGUGGGAGUGGAACAGAGAUUCAACGUGGACUGGUCAAAUUCAGGUGGUAGCGAAGCUUCAGUUCGAGUGACCAAAGACAACAGUGAGGUUCCGUGCACAGUGAAAAAAAUUAAGCAAGGCCUACAUGUUUGCUCAUUCACUCCCAACCAAGUGGGACUUUAUUUGAUUGAUGUAUAUGUUGACGGCACUCUUCUUCCAGAAUGUCCUUAUGAAUGCAUUGUCAAUGAUAUGGGUGCAGUACGUGCGCGUGGUGAUGCAUUAACUCGUGCGCAACGGGGGAAAAUUGCACGUUUCGAAGUUUCUGUUGGGAACAAUACGCGCCGAGAGCUGGAUGUACUUGUGAGAGAUUCGCAUGGAAGUCCAUUGCCUGUUCGCUGUUAUAAACAACAUGACGAUAGUUAUUGGGUUGAAUUUACUCCCGAAAAUAUUGGAUCACACAAAAUUGAAGUAACAUUUGGUGAUGUUCCAAUCGCUGGGAGUCCAUUCCAUUGUGAAGUUGUCGAUCCUCGUAAAGUCUUUAUAAGAGGAAAUACAGAACCACUUAUUCUUCGACAGCAAGCUGUUUUAACAGUAGAACGUGAGAAUGCUGGAAACGGCGAACUUAAAGUGGAGAUAGUUGAUCCAACAGGUCAGCCACUCAAAAUAGAAAAAACCAAGUCACCGAAUGGUGAAGAAAGAAUAAUAUUUCUGCCAACUAGACUUGGUCAACAUAAACUUACGGCAAAACUUUCUGGAUUCGUUGUUAACGGUUCUCCGCAAAUGCUUGUUGUUGAAGAGCAAGGAGAACCUUCACUUUACGGCGAUGCAUUAAAUAGACCUGCUGAAGUGGAACAACCUGUUAUUCUCAUUUUUGAUUCCAAAAAACAGAAAGGUGCUUUGAAAGUGGAUAUUAGAGGACCAGAUAGAUCGAAGGCACGAUUUGCAACCAACAAGAGAUCAGAUGGGAAUGUAGAAAUUAUUUUUAAUCCUUCUGAAGUUGGCCAAUAUAUGGUCAAUGCGGAAAUGAACAAUAAACCUAUCGCUGGCAGUCCAUUUGAUGUAAGCGUUGUGGAUGCUCGAAAAGUCUUGAUAAAUGAUGAAUUAGCUGAUGAUAAGGGCACAUUCCACUUUCCUAUUCAACAAAACAAUAUCAUUGAUGUUGAUGCAACUGCUGCCGGACCUGGUAAACUUCGAGCGGAAGUUCGUGAUGGGAGCGGUAAAGUCAUGGACGCUGCAGAGGUUGAAUCGCUGGGAUAUGGCAAAUACCGAAUAAUUUUCAAUCCUCAAAUCGCUGGAAAGUUUAACAUCUAUUUAUAUUGGGCAGACAUAGCUGUUGAGAGUGCUUUUCCUAUACAUAUUAUCGCAGAAACGGAGCAACCGUCAACAUCUCGUGUUAUGCCCCUAAGUGACGAAAUCGAUCAUCGUUCGAGGAGUAGAUCCAGCGAGCGUUAUGAAGAUGGACAAGAUGACCAUCAAAGAAUUAUUGCUCGUGGAGACGGUUUGACCAAAGCAAUCGUAAAGGAACAAUCAGAAUUCAUUAUCGACGGCUCGGACAGCAACCAAGAUGGUCAUAUAAGCUGUUCACUAAUCGGCCAGAAAGCAGAUGUACCUGUGCGAUUAAUUCAUCUCGGUAACAAUGUGUAUAAAGCUAGCUAUACUCCGUUGAUAUCUGGUAAAUACGAGCUUCAGAUUAUGUGGAAUGGUCGUCAAAUACGUGGUUCACCAUUCAAAGUCAAUGUCGACUCUCACACGAGCGCUGCUGAGCUUAUAAACGUCGAUACAAGCACAUUAAAGUUUGGAGUAAUCAAUGAGGAUAUAAAGACGGUCAUAAAUACGAGAAAAGCUCCUCCUGGUCAACUUUCUGCGCAAUGUAUGGGGCCAUCGAAAUUGGCAUAUUGCGAAUUAUAUGACCACCGAGAUGGCACUUAUACAUUAUCCGUAAAACCAUCAGAAAUAGGGAAACACACAUUAGUGAUUAAAUACUCGGAUGAGCAUGUGCCUGGUAGUCCCUUCAUAGUGAAUGUUUCUCAUGCUCCUGACGCUUCGAAGGUGCGAGUUUAUGGACCAGGUAUUGAGCAUGGAAUACUUUCAACUUUCAAAUCAAAUUUCGUCGUGGAAACGAAAGGAGCUGGUGCUGGUCAGCUUACUGUUCGUGUCAGGGGACCAAAAGGUGCAUUUAAUGUUGAAAUGCAACGAGAAAAAAAACAAGAACGAACUAUUCACUGCAAAUAUGAGCCAAAAGAGCCUGGUGAUUAUCAGGUGGAAGUCAAAUGGCAUGGUGAACACGUACCAGGAUCACCAUUUUUGGUAAUGAUCGUUGAUACGGAACAAGAGUUGCAGCGUUUUCUGCGAGGUGAUGCACCAUCACCUCAACCAGCAACACCAUUCAUCCCACCUGGCUGGGUUGGUACUCCUCCGCCACCUCCACCACUCUUUCUCAGUGGAGCUGGAAUACGCCCACCAUUCCCUCACCAUCCAUCUUUUUCGCCACCACAUCCACACCAUGGACCAAUUUUACCAUAUGCACCUCUACCACCUCCUCCAAUGCGUGCUGGUGUAAGGCCGAAAUAUGCUAGUGGUUAUUAA